AUGGAAUCUUUCCAAGACGUGCCCAUGGCCUUUCGGCCCUCUGCCUCGGGGACUGCUCCAGGGGCGGCUUCUUCAGGGGCUGAUCCAUCCGCCCUAUCAAUAGCCCCUCCACAACCAGCUCCAUGGUCUUCAGCUCAACCUCCGUCUCAGACUCAACCUCAAGUCUCAACCCCAUCUCAGACUCAGCCUUCCUGGGGCCAAACUCCAGGCUCAGCAGAAUCCCAAUGGGACCAGUCUCCGGCCCAAUUGGAGUCUCCAUGGGACCCCUCUCAGAGUAGUCAACCUCAGCAACAACAACCACGCUACGCCAAGUCGCCUCGUAUUCUCGCUUGCCAGCUUUGUCAGGGACGAAAGAUCAGGUGCAGUCGAGUGUUCCCCUGCGAUAACUGCAAGAGGUCCAAUGUCCAGUGCAUACCUAGUAAACCGGCACCUCUCAGAAAACGUCGGCCACCACACCAAGCGCUCCAGGAAAAACUGGCUGCCGUGACGGAAAAAAUGGAGCAAAUGAGGCGUGAAAUGGAUGCUGCUAAAGAAAGUGGCCAGGGUUUGGCUAUUCCCGUCACACCGACACCGACCACUUCUGCUUGGGACUCUAAGGGAAAACCGAGACUGAUCCAGGAAGAGGGCGGUGUUCUUUUCAUGGACUCUCUAUUGGGCACCGUGUACCAAGAGCUAGGGGAAAUAAGAGCCAUGGUAGACGUUGCGCCAGACGAUGGCUCAGAGCUGAUCCUUGGCGCCGACACUCCAACCGUUGAUCCCAUGUCUUUCUGGCCCGAAGAACCCGGUGCUGUUUGGUCGCUCUGUGACAUUUUCUUCCAGAGAGUCAACCCCUUAAUGAAGAUCAUCCACAGGCCGACGCUGGAGAGAUAUGUCGCGGAAGCUUCUUCUAGCGGGCCGUUCGUGCUUCGUUCCAACAUACGAGCCUUGUUCUUCUCCAUCUUUGUGAUGGCGGUCGUGUCGUUGGAUGCAGACGAGUGCAUGAAGCGGCUGGGCUAUGACAGGGAGCAGGCUCUUCGGGACUUUUCUCAAGGUGCUCGCUUGACAUUUUUACGAAUGGGCUUCCUCAGCACAAACGACCUUACUACUCUCCAGGCAUUUACUCUUUACUUGACAUCGCUCCAAGGCCGAUUCAAUCCUCAUGUCACUUGGGUUCUGCUUGGCACCGCCAUACGCCUGGCUCGAAAGUUGGGUCUUCACGUUGAUGGCAAACGAUUAGGGCUACCACCCCUCGAAACCGAAAUGAGAAGGCGGCUUUGGUGGCAGCUUGUCGUGCUCGAUGCCAAAUCCGCAACAAUAUCCGGCUUCAAGUCUGCGGCGGUUGUGCGAGACUGGUCCACCGAGCUCCCCAGAAACCUCGACGACACCGACAUGCAUCCUGAUGCCAAAGAAGACUUCGUAGAACGCGACGGUCCCACCGAGAUGAUCUUCUGCCUCAUGGCCUAUAAGGCCACCGACUUCCUCCUCACCAGCGGGCAAGAUAUCGAAGGUGUAAUGAUCGCGGCCGACCUCCCAGGCAGCCACGCCCCUGGCUCCGACGACCAACGUCACCGCCGCACCGUCGAACAACUAGCCAUCGAGUUGUCAGCGUUUACGGACCGCUACCACUUGCACCCCACCAACGGCCCGAUUCACGCCCUGGCUUCCAAGUUCAAGGAAUUUUUCAUCAAGAAACUCUGCAAUGCCAAACCCCAACCCCCUUCCACUUCUGACCAACAAGGCUUCGACGAGGUCGACCGCGCUUUCAGGUUAUCUAUCAUCGACCUCGAGCACAACGAACAAAACCUUGUCAACGACGACCCCGCCUUCUUCUGGUUUUCGCGCGUGUACUUCCAGCCAUACAACUUCAUGUACGUCGUCUCGCAGCUGUGCCAGGUCCAGUCCCCGUCCGCCAGUGAUGAGAACAUGAGGACAGCAAACGUUAAGACCGACCUAAUCGAUCGCGCCUGGCGGCAAAUCUCCUUCGUUUACCAACUCAAUCCCGACCUGUUCGACAUGACAAACCGGUUGUACUUCCAAGCCGCUCGCAAAGUCCUUGAAGCUUGGCAGAAAAGGUCCGAAGCGCUGCUUAAGCAGACGGGGACACGGCCACCUGCUCCGUCAUACGUCGAAAAACUUGCGAGCAUCUUGGGCAAUGGUAACAUGGAUAACGGCGGCUCUAUGACAGCAACACGAACAGGUACAGGGACAAUACCGGCGGCCACAACACUGGCCUCAAGUGCAGGAACUGGGUUUGCCGUUGAUAAUGACUCGUCGCCGCUCCUGCCUGGGCCUGCUGUUAGUACAGGUCCCGGUGCCGCUUCUAUUCCCACUACGCAUGCACUGGGCCAAGGGCAAACGCAAGAACCGUCGCCGUUCAUGGAGGGCAUUGUCAACUACAUGGACCCAAAUAUGGCCUACGCUGGAAACAUGUGGGGGGAUGGAGGAUUUGAAGAUCAGUUCCAGCAGCCUCAGAUGCCGAUGAUGGGCAUGAUGGAGGAUCCGGCGACUGGUAUGAUGUACAGCGGUCCACCUUAUUAUUAUCCGGAUACGGAAGGAGGCGGGGAGCCGUCGAGGGGGAUGUGGUGA